GAAAUUACCCUCUAAUUUAUUUUAAUUUUUAUGAAAUUAGGGAUGAUUUAAUCGAGAUCCCAUUUCUGUUGUUGCUUUACUCGUCUCGAAUUUUCGGAGGAAGAGAUUAGCACAAAGUACUCAUCUGAUUCAGUCUAUGGCUGCCACGGCUCUUUUCCGAUCGAUUCGCCGACGCGACGUCGUCUCUGCGCCUCUUUCCGUUUACAAAUCUCUUGCUGGUAAUGCUCAACCUUCAUGGGGUAGUUCAUACACUGGUCAAAACUAUGCAAGUUUGUGUAGAGCUUUCGGGUCAAAACCUGUUGUGAAUGACAUUCUUGGUACUGGUUUGGGCACUAACAACACAAGCAAUGCCAUUCGAGAGCACUCAAAAUCUACUGAAGCUGCAAUUGUUGGAGCUCAAUUGACUCGAUCUUUCCGUGCUCUUGAUGUGGGAACAUCGAAACGAUUGUUCUCUACAAUCUCAGGGGAUAUAAAGACAACACAGGAGGAACCAAAAACCAAAAGCUUUCGCCCUUUAUCUCCUCACCUUACUGUUUACCAGCCUCAGAUGAACUCCAUGCUAUCGAUUUUCAACAGAAUCUCAGGGGUUUACUUGACCGGAGUCACUUUCGCCGGCUACCUUCUCUACCUGAAAAUGGGUAUGAUUUGCCUCACCUACCCGAGUUUCUACCAAGUCCUUUACCAUACACAACAGCAACUUCCAGUCAUCACCUCGGUUACUGCAUUAGCCGCAAUUUACCAUACUAUCAAGAAUCGCAUUCUUUGUUUUCUUGCAAUCCAAGUUAUGGCAGAUGAUAAUGGCGAAAACCCUAUGCCCAACGAUAGGGACUACAAUCAUCUUCUCACCGCGUUCGCAAAUCUUAAUGGCAACAGUAACAUCAACACCAACAACAACUACCCCAAUCUCAACGUUUAUAACGUUAGUCAUAUCUCCACCGCUAGCUUCAACGCUUCUCCGGCGUGGAUGACCCAAUCUCAAUCUGGUGCUUCUUCCUCCAGAUACUCCGGCCAACCCUUCCCUCCUACUCCAAGUUUUGUGAGCCCCGGCGUCGAAAAGGAUCAUAACUUGCUAUCAAGACUGUUGGACAUGAUGACUUGUGCAGGACGUUUCACUGAGUUCCAAAAGUUCCUCCAAGAUCUCGAUACUAAUCCAACGGCUGAGAGGGAGAGCCAUCUGUUCAAGAUCGGAUCAUUGUUAACCACAAACAAGCGCACUUUCCUUCACUUGGCUACGAACCAAUACGGCUCACAAUCUUUACAUAUCCUCUUUAGACGCAGCCCUAGCUUAGACCAUCUCUUAUUCCACGCCGUUGGCAUAAACUUCUUCUUGCUCAUGACCGAUAAGUACGCUCGUGGCUUGAUCAUAUCCGCUAUACGAGCAGUCGAUAAAACCAAGAAGGAGGUUCUCUACAAGCUCACGUACGAAUACACUCUGCAACUUGCCAGGCUAGAAACUGGAUGCCUUGCCCUAAACAAUGUGUUUCAAGAAAUCAGAGGCAAAUACAGAGACCUAAUCUUCGAGUGCGUCGCCAAGAACGCGGACGGAUGUUUAGCGAUGGAGAGACAAGGAAGCUAUGUGGUGGAGAAGUGUUUGAAAUCGGAUUUUGCUAGAGGGAAUGGUACAGUGUGCGUUGAGAGUGAUGAAGGAGAAAGAGAUGAGACCAAUGAUGAGAGAGUUUGUGGAGAAGCUAAGGCCUCACUUUUGGAGGAUGGAGAUUGGGCAUGGGAGGCACACACUGAGACUGAUUCAAGAAGAAAUUGUGGGUUGGAUUAAUCAGUUACCAGAUAAAUCUGGAUAUAUGAA